CAUCCUCGAGUCGUGUGCUCGCCCUCGCCUUGCUUUAAGUUACUUCAAUAUAAUGAGAAAUAGUGGUAACCACUGUUUCAAUUACGGUAUCAUACAUUCACUCUUACUAUCAUAUCGAUUAAUUACCCAAUUAAAUAAUUUAGUUUUGGUUGAAAAAUCGAUAUUGCGAUUUAAUGAUCUCAGAUCACAUCCCUAGUUGAUAACAAUGUUGAUUGUUGUGUGAUUGUUGAUCAUAGAUUAAUUCACAAGCAUUAUUAUUAAAUUAUUAUAUUAGCAAAUAUAUUAAGUGUCUAUUCGAUGAAGUUGAAUGUUAUUAAUUAAGCGACAAUUAUCGAGCUAGUGAGUUUUUUAAACUAAUAGGUACAUCGGUCCUUACGGAAUAAAAAGUGACUAAGAAAGAUUUCAUUGAAACUAAAAAUGCUGAUAACGCUUAGAAAUGCAAUUUUGCGUACUACGAAUUGUAUUAAAAUGUUACAUGCGAAAUGUAUGUCUACGGCCGUUCCAAAGGAGGAGAAAGUUAAAGUAUCUGGGUGCAAUAUAAACUAUGUCAAAGUUGGUAAAGGAUCUCACAAUUUAAUUUGUUUACCUGGAGCCCUUGGAACUAUCUGGACCGAUUAUAAACCUCAAAUUGAAGGAAUAGACAAAAAUGAUUUUACAUUAGUGGCAUGGGAUCCACCAGGCUAUGGUAAAAGUCGACCUCCUAUGAAGCAGUUUGAUGUUGACUUCUAUGAAAAGGAUGCUGACUAUGCUUUUAAUUUUAUGAAGGCACUAAAUAUUCCCAAAUAUUCAAUCUUAGGGUGGAGUGAUGGAGGCAUAACAGGGAUAAUACAUGCAGCAAAAUAUCCUGAAACUGUACAAAAACUAGUGAUAUGGGGAAGUAAUUCAUUUAUGUUACCUCAUGAAUUAGAAAUGCUUAAAAAGAUAAAAGAUAUUAAAUUGUGGUCAAAGAAAAUGAGACAACCAAUGAUUGAUGUGUAUGGUGAAGAACUAUUUGCAAAAUACUGGAGUAAAUGGGUUGAAGGCAUGGAAAAUCUUUUCAAUAAGAAAGAUGGCAAUAUAUGUUCGGAAUUACUGAAGGAUGUCAAAUGCCCUACCCUUAUACUGUAUGGAGAAAAAGAUCCUUUGGUGGACAGAGUUCAUGUAUCGCAUUUGCAUACUCAUAUUGAAGGAUCACGAAUACAUUUGUACCCCGAUGGGAAGCACAAUAUCCACAUAAGUUAUGCAGAAGAUUUCAAUAAAAAAGUUCAAGACUUCCUUCAAUCACCCUAAUAAUAAGAAUAAAAUUAUUUUUGGUAUUCAAAUCUGAAGGGCCAAACGAAAAAAUAUAACAAAAAAUCCCAUA